UUCCAAACAUAUAAUAGACAAGAGCACGAGGGCUGAGGAAAAGACGAGGGCAGAAGCAGCUGUCAGCAGCACCACGUGGCUUAUUUUCGAUUGCGUCAUGUUUCCACAAGUUACCAACAGCUACACUUAUGAGGACUGCAAGGCCACGGCCGAUUGGCUGCUGGCUCGGACUGACGUGCGGCCCUUAAUCGGCAUCGUGUGCGGCUCGGGCCUUGGCGGACUUGCGGCCAUGUUGAAGGACCAGGUGGCCAUCAACUACAAGGAUAUCCCAAACUUUCCGCAGAGCACAGUGCACGGUCACGCCGGCCGUCUGGUUUUCGGACAGUUGAAGGGUCAGCCGUGCGUCUGCAUGCAGGGCCGCUUCCACCUGUACGAGGGUUACGCCAUCCACAAGAUCACGCUGCCCAUGCGCAUCUUUAAGUUGCUGGGCGUCCACACCGUGAUGCUGACCAACGCGGCAGGGGGUCUUAAUCAGGACUUCAAGGUGGGAGACAUCAUGAUCAUGAAAGACCACAUCAAUAUGCCGGGUUUUUCGGGGAUCAACCCUCUCACCGGUCCCAACGACGAGAGGUUCGGCACGCGCUUCCCAUGCAUGUCCGACGCGUACGACCGCGAGCUUCAGCAGCUGGCGGCGGAUGUGGGCCAGGAACUGGGCUUUGGAGACUUCCUCAAAGACGGUGUCUACUGCGUGUUGGGCGGUCCAUCCUUCGAAACCAUCGCAGAGUGCUGGAUGAUGCACAAGCUGGGCGCCGACGCUGUGGGCAUGAGCACGGUGCACGAGGUGAUAGUGGCUCGCCACUGCGGCAUGCGGGUUUUUGCCCUGUCGCUGAUCACCAACCAGGCGGUGAUGGACUACAACAGUGAGGAGAAGGCCAACCACGAGGAGGUUCUCCAGACGAGCAGGCAAAGGGCAAAGCAGCUGGAGCAGCUCAUCUCCUCCAUGGUGACCAGAAUGGACAACAACAACAACAUCUAGGCCUGAACCGCCAUAUUUGCUCAUUCCAUAGGUCAAAGUUCCACUUCAUCCAAUCACAUUGUUGAUUUCUUGACUUUAUUGAAGUGUGAUAUCAUUGUUUUUCUAUGUUUGGCUUUUUCAUAAAAGUUUUAUUUAUUA